GUUACCAUGCUUUCCUGGAGGGAAAGAGGAAAUAUAAGAAACAGAAGGACAAGGGGGAGGAGAAGGAGGCAGAGGAGGACGAGCAGGAGGAAGAGGAGGAGGAGGAGCAAGAGGAAGAGGAGGAGGAGCAGGAGGAAGAGGAGGAGGAGGAGCAGGAGGAAGAGGAGGAGGAGGAGCAGGAGGAAGAGGAGUAGGAGGAGGAGCAGGAGGAAGAGGAGGAGGAGGAGCAGGAGGAAGAGGAGGAGGAGGAGGAGGAGGAGGAGCAGGAGGAAGAGGAGGAGGAGGAGCACGAGGCUUACCCUGAGCUUCUGUGCUUGUGCAGUGGCAACCAGGGCCGCACCACUGCCACCGGUGCCGCUCCCAGUCCCACCUCUUGGGCUCCUCUGACCAAACGGCAGGAAGCACGA